UGUCAUUAAGAACAUUGCUUUGAUAAAGAACAAUGAAGCCACGUGUAUUGGUUACUAGUAAUGAUAUACCAUCAGCUGGUAUAGAACUUUUACGAAAAACAUGCGAUGUUACAAUCAUUCAGAAUGUUGGAACUAAUCGCGAGGAUGUACUACAAGUUCUUCCUGGUCACGAUGCAAUCCUUCUCUCUAGUCAUAUCGACGUAAAUAGCGAGUUUCUUAAUAUCGCAGGACCAUCCCUAAAGGUUGUUUCAACAAUAUCAGCUGGUUAUGAUCAUUUGGAUGUUCCCGAAAUUAAAAGAAGAGGUAUUAAAGUCGGAUAUACGCCUAUGGUUCUAUCAGCUGCAGUUGCAGAAAUUGCGGUAAUUUUGGCAUUAAAUGCAGCAAGACGAAUUCAUGAAGGACGUCUAAAACUUGAACAAGGUCACGUAGAAAAGAAUUUCCAAUGGUUACUUGGUCAAGAUAUAAGAGGAUCAACAGUUGGUAUCGUUGGUUUAGGCAAUAUUGGACAAGCUAUCGUUAAACGAUUAAAGGAAUUUGAAGUAGCUCGUUUUGUUUAUACCGGACAUUCUCGUAAGAAAGCAGGGGAUGAGCUUGGCGCGAAUUUUGUAUCGCUUGACGAUCUCCUAUCACAAAGUGAUUUUGUAAUUGUCGCUGCCCCAUUAACUAAUGAAACUAGAGGAUUGUUUGACGAUAGCGCUUUUGGUAAAAUGAAAAAGAAUGCAAUAUUUGUAAAUAUUGCACGUGGACAAAUUGUAAAAACAGACGCCUUGAUAAGAGCAUUGCGUAAUAAUACAAUUUUCGCGGCGGGUCUUGAUGUUACGGAUCCUGAACCGUUGCCCACUGACCAUGAACUUCUUAAAAUUCCCAAUGCUGUGAUUAUACCUCACAUGGGCAGUGCUACUGUGAAGACUCGCAUUGAUAUGUCUCUUACUGCAGCACAAAACAUUCUCAAUGGAUUAGAGAAUAAGCCGUUGGUAUAUGAACUAUAACUAAUAUAUUUUUUUACAUGUAUGUUUAAAUUUUUAUUACACAAUCUGUUUAUAUAUUUGUUUAAACUAAUACAAUAAUAAUAUAUUUUUAGAGCAUUUAAGAAUAUUA